AAUAGCCAGCGUUCAAUAAUGUAUGCUUGUGGCAUCGUUGACAUUACGAAUUAAAUCUAUAAACAGAUCCAUUUUAUUUGAAAUAAAAUCACACAAACCUAGAGCAGUACAUAUAUUCAAGCUAAUUGAUAACAACAAUCAAUCAAAUUGUAUACAUCAUGGCAAUUAAGCAGUCUUCUCGGGCUUCAUCAUCACUAGCUGGUUGGGUAUUGCUGGCUGUGAUUAUUGUCUAUAUCGAAGGAGGAGCAGUUCGUGUCGUGAAUGGUUAUUGUAUGCAGAGUGAAGGUGACGAAAUUCUUGCCAUCUUCGUAGCCCCCUGCCAAUACUGGGAGAGCUGCUUUAUUGCUGAUCAAGGUCCUAGCGGUGCUGGCUGUACUGUAGAAAAUUGUAAAAGUGAAAAUCCAGAUUUUUGGUAUACGUAUUUAUCAGAUAAAGGAGUUCAAAACACGGCUUACAUAACUAUGAUGGUUGACAGCGGCAAUGCUUUUGAUCAUUGCGUCUGUUGUGGUGCGCAGUAAUGAGUCCUGCUGAUUGUAUUGCCGCAGAUGAUCAGUCAUCAACGGCCGACCUUGUCUCUCCCACACACUGGUGGUAUUAUAGUAUAAGCAGCUUCGAUCGAUGAAUCUACUUUGAUUCUUCUUGUGAUCGUUAGCUAGUGUUUGUUGGUUUGCUUUCAAUUAUCUCCGUGUGCUUUUUUUUCCAGAUUGUUGUUGUUUUGUUUUUGAGUUUUUUUAAUGAUUGUAUAAUUGGCCGAGUAUUUCUAUAUUGUGAAUAAAUGGGUUUUGUUUGAUCA